UAUGUGUAAUUUACCUAAUUUCUUUAAUAGGAAAACGCAAGAUCGGAAACGAGUAUAACGGUAAACCCUCACUGUUAUCGACUCUUUUUUUCCUUUUUUAAAUUAGAAGACUGUUUUCCAUUUUUAUUUCUAGUUUUGAUUUCAAUUCCGAACAAAAGAAAUAGAAGAAAAAUGGCGUCGAAUCCUGCCCUGAUGCCCGAGAUCGGACCCGAUGGACUUGCUAGGGAAGCACCUGUCAUCGCCUACACUGAGAAGAUAAUCGAGAAGAGCGGCUUCAACUCAAGAAGUACAUAGAAGAAAAUUAUUCUAAAAUUCGUGAUGUUGAAAGAGAACCAGCGAAUUGUACAAUGGAGAUGAAACUCAUUGCUGGGCCGAAAAAAGGAGUUUGGUGUGUUUUUACCAUUAUAUGAAAUAUUUCUUCAUUUAUGUGUAUUUUUCUAUAGUGGAGUGGUUAAUACGUGGUGCGUACCUUCAGCCCUUGAACAUAUGAGAAAGAAAAUUGAAAUGUCAACUGAGAGAAUACGCAUUGCAAAGCAGAAGCAAGCAGAAGGAAGAAAAAGCACGAAAGGUUCGAGAAAGCAGUAACUCUCAGUUUACCUGACUUGAGGAGUUGAAAAGGCGAAUGGAAGCUCUGAACCCAAGUAGAACAUCCAUUUUGUCUCAUCAUUCAUCAGAAAAGACACGUCACCCAAUGGAAAAAUCAAAAUGGUUCUCUGUUCUUGGUGCUGUAACUGUAGAUGCUUCCCCAAUUCCACAAACAACAGAAGCAGACUCUACUGUUUCUGAAAAUUUACCUAAUCGAGGUAAUGCUGGAUAUGCUCCAGUUAUGAAUGGGCAGAAUCAACCGCCCACCAAUGAUAGAGAAGUAAAGGGAAAGAAGAAAAGCCAUUUUCAAGGAAGAGGAAAGGGGUUUGUUGCUAUGCCCAAGGGUAGAGGGUCUGCAGCACCUGGCUGGACCGGAGCAGGGUUUGAUGUGGAUGCUAGAACUUAGAAGCAUCAUUUCAGAUCUUUUCUUUUGUUUGCUGAAGGUUCAGGGCAAAUUAUCUGUGUUUGCUUAUGUUAUGGGUAUCGGAAGUCUUUCUGCCCUUUUUUUUCUUGAUUUUUACUCUUUAUUGUAUUCUUUCAAUUGCAUGUACCUUGUUGAUAUGAAUGAUGCCAUUUGGCUUUUCUUUCUUAUUCAUUUCCAGGACUGAUAUAUGUCACUAGUGUCAUCUUCAAGCAGGAAAUCAUUUAGAAACUCUCUUUAAAAAAUUAAUAAAAAUGGAAAUCCUCUCUUUGGUAUCAAAAGCUGAAAUCUGAAUUUUAGUGGAAAAGUAUUUCUCUAAUCGAUUGAAUAUAUGUAAAAUAGAUGAAGGGCUUGGGUUUUGAAAGUUUUGCCACUGAGUUUAGGUAAAUCUUCUGGAUGAUAGAAUGCCAUAGAUCUGUUUCUGUUUGGGUUGAAAAGGAGGGGAGGCUGUG